ACGUAUUUCACACAAUUGCCUGGCGCAGCCAUGUCCGAAAUUCAUUGCGGCAUGGUGGGGCAUCAUUCAUGGAGGACAGUGACACAGUGGCAACGCAAAGGCCAGAUCUCAUCAGACCACGGGUGGUGCUGACCAUUGGUGGUGUUACUUGCGUGCUUUGCAAACGCGAGUUGCAGGCAGCAGUGGCCGCUGGAGAUGGUUACUCCUAUUGCCGGCCAUGCAUCCUGGACUGGUUCCGUGCUCACGAACGUGAUGGUUCCCAGGUGUCGUCCCCCGUCACUGGUGAAGCGCUGUCGGACAAGCUGUUGCUGCCGAAUUUGAACCUUCGGGAAACCAUCCUCUCCGUGCAGCAAGCUUUGAAGACUUGGGACGAGGCGGAAGCGGAGCGCACGUCGCUCCGCGCGGAGGUGCAGAAGCUGCUGGGCGAAGGCCACAGCCGGAAGCUCCAAAACGUUGACCCGCGUGUGGCCGAAGCACAAGCCCAAGCAGCGCAUUUCGAAAGGCAGGUCUUGAACCAGAAGCAGGAGGUGCAGCGGCUACAGAUGGAGCUGGACCGAUACCACCAUGUCAUGGAGGAAAGGGACUUCUCUGGAUUGGAUGCCAAGGCGGCCGAGCUGUCCCUUGUGGCUGCCGAACUGCGCUCCAGCAUGGUGGAGGUGAACAGGUUGGAGGAUGAGCUGGAGAAGACUCGGCAGCAGGCCAAGUUGCAGGCCACCGAGCUGGAAGAGCUACGGACCUCGCAACGGGACGCGUUCUUCACCGAGCAGAUGCUGCGACAGGAGCUGGCCCGAGUGAAGGACGAGUUCAGCGGGAAAUUGACUGUGGGAGGCGCCAAGGAUCACUCCUUCGAGCUGAACAAGGCGCGCCACGAGCUUCUGAAGAGUCAAGUCCUGGUGGUGGACCUUCAGAACCAGCUGCGGGCAGCGCGUCGAGAGCCACCGGCGCCGUCGAGCCCAAAGGCGCUGGAGAUCCCGCAGGAGAAUCAGUUCCAGUCGGAGCUCUUCGAAAUGAAGCAAUCGCUCUCCAAGCAGGACAACCUCGUGGCGGAGUUGCAAACGCAGAUCACGGCCUUGCGCUCGCAGAACAGUGGGCUGAAGCAGUUGGCGGAGUUGCGGGAACAACGACGGCUCGAAGCACAGGAUGAGAUCCUCAGACUCCGCGGUGAGCUCCUCACCAUCGACCGCCGCACGGCGGUGACCACCGAGCUGGAGCGUACCACGGAACUGGCCACGCGCGAGGCCGAGCGAUUGGAAGAGGAAGUCGUGGUGCUGCAAAAACGGCUGGAGGAGCAACAGCGAAAGUUCAGAGAUUUAGUCUCCAGUUUGGGCGGAGAGCCAUCGCCCGACAACGUGGAGGUCGCCCUGCGGACCAAGGUGUUGCAGCUGCAGAAACAGUUCAAAGAUCGGGGCGACCUGUUGCGGACUGUAGCGAAGGGUCUGGGCGCCAAGGAAGAAGUCCCAGAGACGGAUCUGAAGCCCUUCUUCCAAAGCAAGGCCCGGCAAGCGAAGAGUCGUACGGAUCAGCUCUCGGCAUUGGCCAAGCUCUUGGGAAGCUCGGGAGAGCUGCACGAGUCCGAACUGGCAGACUUCGUGCAGAGCAAGGUGAAAGACUUGCAUCGGCAAGUGAAGGACCGCGACGAGCUCUUGUCAGAGCUCAGCUUCGUGGCCGCCGAUUUCUUGGAGGAUCUGGGCCUCGCCGACUUGGAUCCUCCCGAGGACGCUUGCGCAGCUGCUCGCCUGGUGACUGGCGCUUUGCUGAGCGUGGAAGAUAAGGCUUCUGCGCUACGGAAGGCCGCGUCGUCUUCUACCAGCCAGGAAAAGAAGGAUGAGAAGAAGGAGAAGUCAAAGGACGAUGAGGACGACUACGAGUACGAGGAUGACGAUGAUGAAGUAGGGACUUACUGAACCCUUCGCGGUCCAUCUCACCAUCCUCCGUGGACGACGCGCUGGAGCGAGACGCCGAGAGACGCGUCGCGUCAUCGUCAAAGAGAUGCGAAGGUCGAGGGUCGCGGUCCUAACAGUUCAGUAAGUGGAUUCACAGUUGCACUUAAUGCAGGCUCUUGAUUCAUAAAGCCCCGGCUGUGUGAUUGUAAAGCCGGGGGCUUGUAUCAAUCAAGAGCCUAAGCCUACGUCAGCCUUAU